CAAAUUUUCAAUCCAAUCCAAGCCAAGUUAACAUGGCGGCCCGCAGCGUGCUUGCAUGCCGCGAGUAUGUUUACAACAAGAAACUACUAUUCGCGACACACGCCUGCAUUAGGUCUCUUUCAGCACAGCCCGCAGCAGGCACCCCGCCUGCAGGUUUUGGAGACCGAGAUACCAUCAUCAUACCGAAAAGAAUUCGCAGGGGGCCUACAGAUAUCCUGAAGGCUCUGGCAUCUACGGUUGAUCAAGAUUAUACUGCCCCUCACUACAAGUACCAUGAUGACCCGUUCUUCAUACCAGCCAGUAAUGUGGCCAAAAGAACAUAUGCCCUUGCAAAGGAAUCUGGGCGAAAAGCAGCCAAGUACUUCCUGGACAAAUACCCAAACAGCUUUUAUAAUAACCCCGCAGAACCAAACAUAGAGGCGUUCAAUGCCAAGAAAAAAUACACAGCAGAAAGUGAUGUUGUGGAGAUGGACCUCACGAAAUGUGUCGAUGCUGCAGAUGUGGACAGUGCCAUUGUGGUGUAUCAUAAUCUGAAGACUAAAGGAGUGCAAGUUUCACAGGAGUCUUUGCAAUCUUUGCUGGAGCUGCUUUGCUUCUACAACUGCAAACAACCGCUGGAUGAAGAUUUGACAGAGGAGCGCUGGCAUCGCCAAAUGGCCCCAAGGGAAACCAGAAAAUCCUGGAAGGAUGGAGGUCUUGCAGAGCAGGUAUUUGAUAGCCUGGAGAACAAGGACAGUAGGGCCUAUGCAGCAGUCAUCCAGGGAAUGGCUAAGCACUUUCAAGUGGACAAGGCCUACGAGCUCUUCAAGGAGAUGCAAAGCAAGGGACUGACACCUUCCAUUGAAGUGUACAAUGGGCUUCUGAGUCUGGUGCCUUUCCUCAGAGAAGGCUACGACAACAGAUGGGAUCUCGCUAAUGAGCUGAUGAAGGGCAUUGAGAACGAUGGUCUCAAGCCCAACAUCAGCACGAUGAACAAUGUUCUCGAAAUAAUCUCAAGGUUUGGUGCCUCCCCUUCUGCAAGGAAGUACGCACUGCAGACAUUCUCUGAGAUGAAGCACAUCGGAGUGGAACCAAGUCUUGCCAGUUACUACUACCUUUUGGUCAUCUUCUGCAAGACACGGGGCGCACCAAGUACAAUCCUGCACAACAUCAUGAAAGAGCUCGAGAACAAGACCUUCGAGAUACGGGAUCCCAAAGACGUGUUCUUCUUUGUCAGUGCAAUGGAUGUGUGUCACAGCCAUUUGCUCGACAAAGAACUGGCCUACAAAGUUCAUGCCUUGCUGAGCUUUGGAGGAAACUACAACCUGAUUGGUGACUCCUUCAAGGAAUCCAUCUAUUACCAACAUUUCUUCAAGCUCCUCUGCUCGACUGAAAAUAUUGACACAUUUUUUGACAUCUACAACAAGUAUGUACCAAAUAUCUACACUCCUGAGCCAAGUGUGAUCUGCGAAAUAAUUGAGGCAGUUGACCUCAGUGGUGCAGUCGAGUACUUGCCUCAACUGUGGUCAGACAUUAUCUUGUUUGGUCACUACGAGAGAGAAAAUGUUGUCAAGGCUGUGCUUGAAGUUAUGGCCAAGAGAAAGCAGGAGUCCAAACUCCAAGCACAAUUUGCUGUUAUUGCUGCAGACAUCAAUGAGAGAUGCGAUGGUGAUCAAGAAACACGACGCACGCGACCUAUUCAGUGGACAGGACAGAUGUUUGGCAAGAUGAUCAGUGUGUUCCUGAAUGCAGAGAGGCUUCAGGACGCUUGGCAGAUUAUGCAGAAACUUGACAAGGAACAGCAUCGAAUACUUGGAUAUCCUGAGCAAGAAUGCUUGAAGAAAUUCUGCCAGGCCUGUCUUGACAACUCCGAUGAAACAAAAGCUCUUUUCUGUGCAAGGUAUGCUGCCGAGAUUGGGCUGACAGAUGUGGGGGAGCACCUGAGACAGGGUGAAAACAUCAAGAAGCUGUCAGAAAACGCAAAACAAAAACUCGCAGAGCUCCUGAAUUCAUCUGCACUCAACUCUUCAGAAAUCUACAGUAAGGAGGACUGAGCCUCCCUAUUUUGUGAAUGUACUAUAGGCUAUAGUGUAUAAUAAAAUGGGAUGAUCGCCUCACAGAGAUGGCAAUAAAACAAAAACAAGUAUAAA